AUGUCUUCAGAAAUACUCAUCUUCGCAGUGUACCUUCUGUUUGUCGGAGCAAUCCUAGGAGCGGGGCUGCGGUGCUGGUGGAAGGCACUAUCCUCACAUGCAUCCUACCCUCGAGUGGAGACCCCGAUAUCUAGCAAAGCACAGCCCACACCAUGGACAGGACUCAUCUUUGCGCCUCACAAGCCAUGCCCCUGUCUUGACAGCCCCAAAGUCGCGGCCAUGGACCCCCUCGUGCGAGCAGGCUUCCACAACUUGACCUGCAGUCCUCUCUGCCGUCUCCCCGAGGAACUCAUCCUGCGCAUCAUGAAUGACCUAGGGUUCUGCGAACUAGCGUGCCUGCGCCGUGCGAGCAGGCUGUUUCUCCGCCUGUGCAGCUCGGCCGAGUUCCGCGGUGGUCAUCGGCAAGAUGACGAGUAUCGGCACUAUACGCCGUGGAUCACGAUCUGGGCUGACUCGAAGGCGGAUGAACCGAUCAACAACGGGUUUGAGAGGCUCAAGAAGCUCAAGCUCUAUCGGUGGCGGUUGGUUACCUGUGACGAUGAGAGCCAUCUACCGCGACAUCAAUAUAACGGCAAUUCCAUCGACCCUGCAGACCUGCGGCCGACGGCGUACUUGGUGGCAGCAACUCUAACGAGUCCUGUCAUACUCGAACGGAAGUGGCUAGGGCACCUGAGUGUGGGGACUCCAGACGGCCGGCAAGAUGGUCAGGUCACGGCAGAUGAGGUCCGCAGUGCGUUGGAGAAGCUCAGGCAAGGUGCAGCCGAGUUUAUCGCCCCUGAGCGGGCACCAGGUCGGCUAUUAGAGAUGAGAUGUUUCGACCCUAAUCGUUGCCGCUGCCUAUCAUUACCAGGCAUGGAUCAACUACCAUCGGGAUGGUAUCUCAGCCCAGGAGGAGCACACUUUGACGUCAGAUGCCGUGGCAGUCCUGGAGGACACCUCGGCCCCUCGAUGCAGGCGAUGAGCGGCGACGGCUUGGUGGAGGGCUCACGGAGGUGGAUUGCCGCUGAGCAACACACCACGAAGCAGAUGUCUCACACGCGAUACUGUCUUGAUACCCGAACCACCCAGAUAUCUCUGAGUGGAUGCAUUAGCGACAAGCAGUGCAUAGUUAUUAGCUACUCGAGUGCCAUCGACGUCGGCCACGGUUCUGGAGCUGCAGUCAGCCGGGCGUGGCACGAAGCUCUCGACCCCGGGUCUUACUGCCUAACAGACGAUUCCGAAUCCUACGGGGUGCUCUGGUGCUGGACGCCGGGCUGUCAGAACUACUAUCGGUAUGACGGGAGGGCGGCACACAUGGCCCGUACGGACUCGGGCGAGUAUAUUGCAAUGGGUAGACUGGAUGACGGAUCUCGAGAUGUCAUGUGA